UAGUUGUCAGACAACUGUCAAAUGUCAGAGAAAGUAAAAUUCUUUGUGAAGGGGUAGGACAUUCCAUAUUUUAGUCAAUUAAAUAAAGUAAUUAUUCCCCUUUGUGCAACAAAAGACAGCAAUAUGGAUGAUGACUUACCGACCGAUUUCCAGGUCAUCGUGGUUGGGACAGGUAUGGUGGAGUCCAUUGUGGCCGCUGCUUGCAGUAGGAUACACAAGAAUGUCCUCCACCUGGACUCCAGUGACCACUAUGGGGGUCUCUGGGCCUCCUACAAUUUUGAUGGCCUACAGAAGUUCAUAAAGGAAGUCAACUCUGAUCCAGAGAAGCAAGUUCAAGUUUAUAACUUGAUGGAGCAGUGGUAUAUUGAGAAGGAGUCUCCACCUGAAGAAGAAGGUGAAGCGAAAGAGGAUGGUAAAACAGAACCACCAAAGAAGAUCUGGAGCCAGGCCAGCUUUGCUGCGGAGUACAGGAAGUUCAACAUUGAUAUGACCCCAAAGUUGCUGUUCUCCCGCGGUCCUCUGGUAGAACUUCUGAUAUCAUCUAACAUCGCACGCUAUGCGGAGUUCCGUUGCGUGACGCGUGUUCUGACGUGGCUGGAUGACCACCUGGUGCCGGUACCCUGCUCCCGAGCUGAUGUGUUCGCCACCGAGGCGGUCGGUAUCGUGGAGAAGCGCCAGCUGAUGAAGAUGCUUACUUUGAUCGUCGCCUACAAUGAGGAGGAAAUGAACAAUGAAUUUAAAGAUUGGAACGACAAGACAUUCAAGGAGUACUUAACCCACAAGGGUCUAACGCCAAACCUCAUCCAUUAUGUGCUGUUUGCGAUCGCGGGCGGCACUGACGCAAUGCCGUGUCUCGAGGGCGUGAGGGAGUGCAAGAAGUUCCUCAUGAGCCUCGGCCGCUACGGUAACACGCCCUUCCUCUGGCCCAUGUACGGCAGCGGGGAGCUGCCGCAGUGCUUCUGCAGGUUGUGCGCGGUGUUCGGCGGCGUGUACUGCCUCAACCGGCCCAUAGACUCUGUGGAGACGAAGACCGUGGACGAGGGGAAGACCAAGGUGGUCAUCGAGAGCAAAUCCAAGACCCUCAACUGCGAGCAUCUCGUCAUCGGGAUCAAUGAGUGCCCCAAGGAUCUGGUAUCCCUGGAGUCUACAGAAAGGUGUGACAUAUCGAAGGCGGUGUUCAUCACCAACGGCAGCAUAAUGAAGAGCGAGAAGGAGCCGCUGACGCUGCUGCGCUUCCCGCCGCUGGUAACGGGCGGCGGCGCGGUCACCGUGCUCGAGGUCGGCCCCGCCACCGGCUCCUGCCCUAAGGGACUGUUCGUGGUGUACUUCAUAACGAACAAGGUGACCGACGCCGAGGCCGACUUGCGGCCCUACGCAGAGAAGAUAUUCGACAUGUCCGGCGGAGACCAGACCAGCGAGACUGACAAACCAAAGUGUCUGUGGUCGCUGCUGUACAACGUGAAGGACACGAGCGGCGCCGCGGGCAGCGCGCCCGCCGGCGUGCAUCUCUGCUCCGGGCCCGACGCCGGACUCGACUUCGACCGCGCCGUCGAACAGGCGGAACAGAUCUUCAAGAAGAUCUGCCCCGGCGAGGAGUUCCUGCCGCGGGCGCCUGAUCCUGAGGAGAUCGUGUUCGAGGAUGACGUCACGCACGGACCUGAGUUCCAGCGCGAGGAGGAGGACGCCGACGGCGACGCUAAGGAGUAAUUGCACUCCUUACACCUCUCAGCGUUUUGCAGCGUGUUGCUAUGUUUGUAAGGCUUCUAUAUGAUCAUUCAAACGAUAGAAGUAUUUAUUUGGAAAUAUGCUGGAUAUGGAAAUUUGACGUCAGUGUCACUUAAAAUGUUUAGAAGGAUACUAAAGUAUACCUUCAGUUUUAAUUGAGCAAAACUAAGCAACAAUAUUGACACCACUUUGGUUGUAAUUCGACUGUUCAGUCACAACUGUGCAGUUAAAGCUGAAAGUGUGCUAAUAAGUGGAAUCGGAUUUUUUUAUAGACGCACGCUAGUAAGGAGACAAGCAUUGAUUUAGCAACACACUGAAACAUGCUGAAUAAUUGUAAGCUGUAAUCUCAAUAAGAUUUAUACGCUUUGGUCGCUUGACUCGUGCAUUCCGACUGGUGCGUUGCUAACUUAGAGUUAACGAUGCUAAUUAUUUAAUCACAUAUAACAAUUAGUAACAAAUUUAAUUCACAGUUUAAGGUUUAAAACUUUUUUCGUGACUUUUAAUAUUUGUAGAUUUAUAAUCUGUAGUUACGGAUAUGUCAGGUCCGACCAAUGCUCAGGUUUUAGUUGAGUACCGGCUAGGCUAUCUUGAUAUUUAUGGGCAAGAUUGACUUGUAGCAGUUUGCGGCAACUGAUGUAUUUUAUAUCGAUUCUGAAUAGCAGAGACUGAAGUUUGAGGAUAGUAUUAUGGACGGACGGUUGUAGAGGACUGAUGUUAUUGUAGGUUUUAUGCUACGCUAUGCUCUCUGAUCGCUCAUUUACGCAUUUGGUAUACGCAUUUAUGAAACUCAAUUAUAUAAUCUGUAGUUGACCAUAGGAAAAUUUGCGCAAUUGUAAUAGAUUUUUUUUAUAGCAUUUUAGCUAGGACGCAGUUUUUAAAACGAUAAGCGUAAUGUUUUAGACGCACCAGUCUACAGCAUAGACAGUAGCACGUUUUUAUUUAAUAAUUUAAGUUAUUUAGCACCCUUAAAUGAUAUUUAUUAUGAAAUGUGCAUAAUUAUGCCUUUGCAGCUUAUGCAUGUUAUAUGAAUUCCAUUAAAUUGUGAUUAUUA